AGGUCAGAGGUCGGGGCUAUGGCGCUGCUGGUGAAGGUGGGCGGCCGCGUUUUGCGGCCCGCUCUGUGUCGGUGGGCGAGUUACAGCCAGGGCCAGAGCCCGGAACCCCGCAUCCGCGAAUACUUCUACUACAUUGACCACCAGGGCCAGCUCUUUCUCGAUGACACGAAAGUGAAGAAUUUCAUCACCUGCUUUAAAGAUAAAGAGUUUCUGAUUUUUUUCUUCAAGCAACUCAGGAAGAACGCCACGGGACGCUAUCAGGAGUUCCCGUACCUCUCUCCCUGUGGGAGGGAGCGGAAUUUCAUUCGCUGUGAAGAUCUGCCGAUUGUCUUCACCCACCUGAUCAGAGGCAAGGGUCCGGAGGGAGAGCUCCUGUCCUACUGUGGCGGGGGCGACAAGUUGGCAGUGAGGUUUGAACCUGAGAGGCUGUUCAUGCCGGUGAAUGGGAGAGUGUACCAUCCAGCCCCAGAGAGGGCAGGCAGCGUGGGGCUGGUCAAGUCGUCUCUGGCCUUUGAGCUCAGUGGCCAUUUUGAGUAUGCCAGCGGCCGCCCCGAGAGUGGACCACCAUCCCAUUUCCAAUGGAACGGGCAGCGACACACGUUGACCAAUGAACUGGCUGCCUACGUUCAGAUCGAAAAACCCACUUAGGAUCAUCUCUCCGGGGAGCUUACGGUCAGCUGGUGGUAAGAUUGGAAACGUGUCAUUAUUUUGUAGAGUUUUAUACAGCACAGGAACCGGCCCUUUGGUUCAAUUCAUCCACACCAACCAAAAUUAUAACCAGAAUAAGCCAGGGUUAGUGCAGCAGUUAGUGUAACAGUAUUCAAUGGUUCCGUUUAAUAUCAGAGAAUGUAUACAGUGUACAACCUGAAAUUCUUACUCUCUGCAGAUGUCCACGAAACAGGAAAAAGACCCCAAAGAAUGAAUGACAGAAAACUUUAGAACCCCCCAAAGGCCCCUCUCCCGUGCUCAAGCAGCAACAGAUCUGUGUCCCUAUUUGCUCAAACAAAAGCAUCAACCCCCCCCCCCAGCCUCCCACCAUGUAAGCAAUAGCAAAGUCCCCAAAGAGACCACGAGCCAGAGUCCGUCGAAAACUGGAGUUCCUCCCAACACUUUGACAACUCAACCAGGCUCUCUCUCACACUAGCGAGGGGGGGAGAGAGAGAGAGAUGCUGUUCCUGCAGCAACGAGAUGGGAGACCAAAAGCUCACUGCUUCAGUGUUACAGUCUGCUGUGUAGCUUACAGUGUUCGUCAUCUGGGUUCAAUUCCUGCUGGUUUCUGUAAGGCAUUUGUACUCUUAUGUUCUCCCUGUGACCCCGAGGGUCCCCCGGUUUCUUCCCACAGAAUCGGAAUCAGGUUUAAUGUCGCGAGCAUAGGUCAUGAAAUUUAUUGUUUUGUGACAGCAGUAUAUUGUAAUACAUAAUAAAAAGCUGCAAAUGACAGUAAGAAACAUAUUUUAAACGAUAAAUAAGUAGUGUAAAAAGAGAACAAAAAAAAAGCAAAAUAGUGAGGUAGUGUACACAGGUUUGUUGGCGCGUGGCCAAGUGGUUAAGGCGUUCGUCUAAUGAUCUGAAGGUUGUGAGUUCGAGCUUUGGCUGAGGCAGCGUGUCAUGUCCUUGAGCAGGAUACUUAAUCACACAUUGCUCUGCGACGACACUGGUGCCAAGCUGUAUGGGUCCUAAUGCCCUUCCCUUGGACAACAUCAGUGGCGUGGAAGGGAAGACUUGCAGCAUGGGCAACUGCUGGUCUUCCAUACAACCUUGCCCAGGCCUGUGCCCUGGAAACCUUCCAAGGCGCAAAUCCGUGGUCUCAUGAGACUAACGGAUGCCUAUAAAAUGCAUAGGUUCAAUUUCCAUUCAGAAAUCUGAUGGCAGAGGGGAAAAAGUUAUUCCUAAAUCGUUGAGUUUGUGCCUUCAGGCUCCACUACCACCUCCGUGAGGGUAGGAAUGAGAAGAGAGCAUGCCCUGGGUGAUAGAUGCUCCCUUUUCGAGGCAUCACUUACUGGAAUUUCAGAACUCCUGCGUUCCGAAGUUGUGUGGGUGAGCAGGUUAAUUGGUCACGUGGGUGUAUCUGGCCGGUGCCAUUCCUUUUGGGCCUGAAGGGCUUGUUGUGCUGUAUCUCAAAAGCAAAAAUGCUCAUGUGCACUGGGCCCAUUUGCCACAUGUCCCUCUGAACCCUUCCUGCCCACGUGCCUGUCCAAAUGGCAUUUGAAUGUUGUUAUUGUACCCACCUCAACCACUUCCUCUGACAGCUCGUCUCAUAUACCCACCAUCCUCAGGGCUCCUUAAACCAUUUCCCUUUCCAUUUAAACCCGUCCCCUCUACUUUCAGAUCCCCCUAUCCUGAGGGGAAAAAAAAGACAAAUCAAUCCUGUGAAUAGUCCUCACGACUUUAUAAAACUCUAUUUGGUCACCAUUCAGUCUCCUUUGGCUCCAGGGAAAACAGCCGUAGACUACCAAGUUUAUGUCCUGACAUCUCUCGCCCCAUAGACACAAGAGAAUCUGCAGACGCUGGCAAUCAGCAAUACAUGUAAUGCUGGGGGAUCUCAGCAGGUCGGGCGCUGUCAAUGGAAAUGAACAUUUUGGGCCAAGACCCUUCUUAAGGACUAGAAAGGAAGAGGAAAAAUGCUAGAAUAAAAUGGGGGGAGGGAAGGGAGACAAGUUCUGUCUUCUAUCAUUUUGGAUCUUCCCCUCCCCCUCCCACUUUCAAAUCUCUUACUAGCUCUUCCUUCAGUUAGUCCUGACGAAGGGUCUCGGCCCGAAACGUCGACUGUACCUCUUCCUAGAGAUGCUGCCUGGCCUGCUGCGUUCACCAGCAACUUUGAUGUGUGUUGCAAGUUAGAAGGUGAUAGGUGAGUGGGAAAGGUAAAGGUUUGGAGAGCAAGAAAUCUGAUAGGAGAGCAGAGUGGACCAUGGGAGGAAGGGCAGAAGGGGGUUUGUGCCAGGGGGAGGUGAAGAGGCCAGAGUUGGGGAAAGUAUAAAAGAAAGAGGGAAAAAACGGAUCGAGGUAUUGAUGUUUAUGCUAUCAGGAUAGAGGCUGCCUCGGCAGAAUAUGAGAUGUUGUUCCUCUCCCCUGAGAGUGGCCUCAAUGUGGCAAAAAACAAGGCCAUAAACGGACAAGCUGGGAUGGGGACGAGGAUAGGAAUUAAAAUGAUUGGCCACCAGAAAAAUCUGCUUUUGAUGGACGGAGCGGAGUUGUUCAACAAAGCAGUCCCACAGUUUACAUCGACUCACCAAUGGAGAGGAUGCCAGAUAUAAUACACAACCCCAAAUGAUUCGCAAGUAAUGUGUUGCCUCACCAUAAGAUAUAGGAGCAGUAUUAGGCCAUUUAGCCCAUCAAGUCUGCUCUGCCAGUUCAUCAUGGGGCUGAUCCAAUUUUCCUCUCAGCCCUAAUCUCUUGCCUUCUCCCCAUUUCCCUUCAUGACCUGACCAAUCAAGAAUCUGUCAACCUCUACCUUAAAUAUACAUAAAGACUUGGCCUCCACAGCUGUCCGUGGCAAAGAAUUUCACAGAUUCACCACUCUCUGGCUAAAGAAAUUCCUCCUCAUCUCUGUUCUAAAAGGAUCCUCUGGUCUUAGAUUUUCCCGCCACAGGAAACAUCAUCUCCAGGUCCACUCUAUCGAGGUCUUUCACCAUUUGAUAGGUUUCAAUGAGGUCACCCCUCAUUCUUCUGAAUUCCAGAGAAUACAGGCCCAGAGCCAUCACACGCUCUUCAUGUGACAAGCUAUUCGAUCCUUGAAUCAUUUUUGGGAACCUUUUUUGAACCCUCUCCAAUUUCAGGACAUCCUUUCUUAGAUACGGAGCCCGAGCCUGCUCACAAUACUGCAAGUGAGGCCUCACCACUGCUUUGUAAAUUCCCAACAUUACAUCCUUGCUUUUAUAUUCUAGUCCUCUUGAAAUGAAUGCUAACAUUGCAUUUGUCUUCCUCACCACAGACAACCUGCAAAUUAACCUUCAGGGAAUCCUGCCCAAGGUCUAGCAAGUCCCUUUGUGCCGCAGUUGUUUGUAUUUUCUUUCCGUUUAGAAUAUAGUCAACCCUUUGAUUUCUUUUACCAAAGUGCAUGACUAUGCACUUCCCAACAAUGUAUUCCAUCUGCCGUUUCUUUGCCUAUUCUCCUAAUCGUUCUAAGUCCUUCUGGAGCCUCUCUUAAGUAAACUACCUGCCCCUCCACCUAUCUUCAUAUCAUCUGCAAACUUUGCAACAAAGCCAUCAAUUCCAUCAUCCAAAUCAUUGACCAUAUAAUGUAAAAAGAAUUGUCCCAACACAGACCCACUAGUCACUGGCAGCCAACCAGAAAAGACUGCCUUUAUUCUCACUCUUUGCCUCCUGCCAAUCAGUCACUGCUUUAUCCAUGCUGGAAUCUUUCCUGUAACUCCACAGGCCCAUAGCUUGUUAAGCAGCCUCAUGUGUGGCACCUUGUCAAAGGGCUGUCGGCAACAGUGGUGGAGGUGGUUACGAUAGGGUCUUCAAAGAGACUUUUGGAUAGGUGCAUGAAGCUUAGCAAAAUAGAGGGCUAUGGGUAAGCCUAGUAAUUUCUAAGGUAGGGACAUGUUCGGCACAACUUUGUGGGCCGUAGGGCCUGUAUUGUGCUGUAGGGUUUCUAUGUUUCUGAAAGUCCAAGUACACAACAUCAACCGAUUCUCUUUUGUCUAUCCUGCUUGUUACUUCUUCAAAGAAUUCCAACAGAUUUGUCAGGUAAGACUUACCCUUGAGGAAACUAUGCUGACUACGGCCUAUUUUAUCAUGUGCCUCCCAGUACCCUGAGACCUCAUCCGUAACAAUCGACUCCAACACCUUCCCAACCACUGAGGUCAGGCUAACUGGCCUAUAGUUUCCUUUCUUCUGCCUCUCUCCCUUCUUGAAGAGUGGAAUGACAUUUGCAAUUUUUCAUUUUUCUGGAACCAUUCCAGAAUCUAGUGAUUCUUGAAAGAUCAUUACAGGUCCACAGUCCCUUAUCCGAAAUUCUGAAAUCCGGAAACCGAAGUUUUUUUCGUGGAGUGUGGAGCGUGUCAUAACAAGGCCAACAGCUGACGUCACUCAGGUGUGAUGUGGCAGCACGAGCAGAGGCCGCCAGAUGUCAGUUGUGGCUCAGCGCUCGUACUGGUUACACGUGCAUUUGCUGUUCGCUGAUAUUUUGUGUUUAACUUCACUGUGAAAAUGUCAAAAAGAGCUGCAGAUACCCCUAUGGGUAACAAUGAGAAAAAGAGAAGGAAGCAUCUAUCAUUAUCAAUAACGCAGAAAAUAUUCAGAGGGUUGGCUGCAGAAAUUUAAGAAGCGUCAUGGUGUAAAAUAUCUGAAAAUCUGUGGUGAAAAAAGCUUCUGCUGAUCAUGAAGCAGCUGAAAAUUACAUUGACGAAGUUGCCAAGAUAAUAUCUGACAAAAACCUUUACCCUGAACAAAUUCACAAUGCCGAUGAAACAGCUUUGUACUGGCACUACGUUCCUAGAAAAACAUUAACCACGGCUGAUGACGAUAUACUGAAAAUGUGUGAUCAGUUCAUUGCUGGCCUUCAACAACAUGCAUUUUGCAAGAGAUUAUGGCAGUUUACUCAGUUAACGAGAGAUUGCUUAGACAUAAACCUAUGUUAAUAAGACAGAUGAUACUUGAAGAAGUCUUUAAAAACGCCGUCUGUCGUGCUGCUUCAUAACUUGAGAAUCCUGUUCCUGGCCCAUCAGGUACCUGUAGAGUAUUUAGCUUUGUUUGCCAGACAUAAUGCAACUUAACUAGAGGUACCUGUACGUAUUUAGCUUAGUUUGAACCUGUAUAUGUCCCAGAGUAUUUACGUUCUACAUUUAUUCCAAUAAGUCAUUUACCAUGUGUUUGAUUUGGUUCAUUUGAAGCUGUAUAUUUUUAUGUUUUAUUGAAUGUUUUUUGUUGGAAAUAAAAUGUGCUAGUGUAUUUAUGGUCUAUAAUUAU